GUUUCUCGAGCCUCGCCCCCCUCCCCUGCACCUCGAAUGCGCCGCCUCCUUCCCUCCCUCUCCCCUGCACCUCGAAUGCGCCGCCUCCUUCCCUCCCCUUCGCUUCUUUCUAAGGCGGCGGUGGCCUACAGGCAAAGGGCAACGGCGACGACACUCGAUUUGAUCUGCAUGAGAAAGAGAAGAAGAUAGGGAGAGAGAUAACGGAGGAGAGGAGGGAGAAAGAGAGAGGAAAGAGGAGAUGGAGGUGCCGCGGCGGAUGGGAGAGGGUCACCGGAAGGAGCGCCGCUGGCUCGUCAUCAUCACGCUGGAGGAGAGAUGCCUCUGUACAUCCCUCACACCAGCAGGUCGCCGAGGAGGAUCUGCCACCGGAUCCGCGCAGUUGAGGGUGAGGAGGAUGGAGGUGAAGGAAGCAGCAGCAAGGAUGGUGGCUGCUGAUGGGGGAGGGGGCGACGUCGCGCUUCUCGCCACCUCCACGUCCUCGUCGCCCAGUAGUCCGUUGCUCCUUGUCUUGCAACUCCAGCGACAACAGUUCGUCUCGGUGAUCCUUCUGCUCCUCCCGCUUCUCUCCUUCCAUACUAAAUAGCUCACCAAAUUAGUCUGAACAUAGCAAGGUAAAAAAAAGGGCAUACAUUCUCAUUUUUCUUCACUGUAUUUUUUCUUGUUCAUACCUGCAGAAAAAAUGGUGGCAGUGAUGAUUGAUUUAAGUAUCAUGUUUGCUUAUAUGGAAAUAGGGGAUUUACUUCCGAUGAUGUGGGUAGUGGUGGUCUUCUCUUCACUCUCGUGUUUCAUAAAUUUUCCCCUUGGACACCCACUUAUCUGAAAUAUGUGUCUUACCAAUUUGAUGCUGGUUCACCUGCAGGUUCAGUGAGUAGGGAACAUGUAUAAUGACUACUGUUGAUCUUUGUAUUGCGAGACAAUGCUUUCCAGCUUGAUGAG